AGUGUAUGUCAGGCGUAAAUGUGAAUGUUCCGUAUCCAAUCACAUAUGGACUUGUUGGAUAUGACACCACAUUGAUUUGUGUAUAUGAGAUUGACGGCCCUUAUUCUAUACUGACAUGGUAUGACGGAUUCCCAGGCAGAGAUGCAAGUAUUAUCCUCCAGGAGAUGAACGGAGUUGUCUAUGUUCACCCAGACUAUCAAGACAGGUUUUCAUUGACUGGUCAAGCUAGUCUUCGGAUUAAUGACACAGAACUUGACGAUUCAAAUGACUAUGAAUGUCAAGUAUCAGCUGGUGGUGAAAUUGAUCAUGGGAGUACAUACUUGUCUGUGACAGAAUCUCAGUCACCAUACUGCACACUUCAACACAACACGCAACCAGUGGAAGGUGUUGAUUUGACUUUGACAUGUUCGAUCCAAGGCAUACCGCCACCAACGGUACAAUGGUUAAAAGAUGGCUAUUCAAUAGAGAAUUCAAAACGGUAUACAUUUUCUGAAGAUGAUACAGAAUUGACUAUACUAAAUACUCAUCGAAAUGAUAGUGGUGUAUAUAUUUGUAAUGUGACAAAUUUAGUUGGAUCGUUUUUGUGUUAUGACCUAAUCGAUGUUGUGUUUCCCCCAACAGAGCCAGUUCCUUGCCAGACUAGUCUUACUGGUUACGAUGGUCAUGUAAUGGCCGGGGAAGGGGUAAUAUUGACAUGCACUUCAUGUAGUAGUAAUCCACAAGCUGAGUUAAUAUG